AUGACGAACGACACUCCCACCGAACACGAUACCCCCGCGCCAGAGUCUCAGGAGACAGAAAGCCAAGCUUCAAGCACGAAAUCACGACCACUCUCAGGCGUCGUCCCGCCAUGGUGGCAGCGUCACGAGCGGAGCGUCUCGCGCGCCUCGCAAAGCUCGCUCAAGAAUAAAAUCACGCUUGAAGACCAUACGGCGGACCCGGACUCGGAGACGAGUCGUGGAUUGUGGGCGCGGAGCGUCGCGAUUGAUGAUCACUCUGUUGUGCAGGGGAAGACGGGGGUCGGCGCUUAUGUCGUUUGGAAUUGUGUUGUUCAGACUCUGGACGGCGGCCCUAUCGUCGUUAGAAUGAGAUACUCCGAGUUCGACGAUCUGCGCCAGCGACUUGUUUCUUCGUUUCCACAUGCGAGGAGUGCGCUUCCUGCGCUGCCCCCGAAAAGUGUUUUUUAUAAAUUCCGCCCCAAGUUCCUAGAGACUCGGCGCGUCGGAUUGGAAUAUUUCCUCAACUGCGUCCUCCUAAACCCCGAAUUCUCAAGCUCGCCCAUAGUCAAGGACUUUCUCUUCCGCCGCAUGUCCUAG